GAUAGACGGAUUGUAAAACGAACGAAAAACUCGUCAAUUAGAUUUAAGCUUUGCAUUAUCGUCAUCAUCGCCUUCAUCGUCAGUCAUCAUCAAGCAUAAGAAACGACUAUGUUUAAAGAGGAUAACGUUGAGCAAACUGAUGUCUACCAAUAUUCUAUCGCUACAGCUUUCAUCUGUACUGGUUUAGUGGGUUUAUGGCUUCACCUGAAGAAUCUUCUACGCUUAUCAGCAUUGAAUUCAAUCUUACCACGUAAUCUAGUGAAAUUGCAUUAUUGCCUAGCUGUGGCGUGUUUGGGUAGUAUUUCGCCGUCUCCAUUCACUGCACUUGGUGCUUAUCUAAAAAGAUGGCCUUUUGGCAAUUUUGGUUGUCAUUUAUAUGGAUUUCAUGGAAUGUUUUUUGGAAUGACAUCAAUCUAUCUCUCCUGUUUCAUUUGUUUCUUUACUGCAGUCGAUAUACUAAAUUUGAAACACGGUAAAGUGGCAGCUGAAGGCCAUGACCGCUGUUGUUUCUUUUCCUUCAUAUCGACAGUUCGAUGGCUAACAUCAAAAAGAUGUAAUUGCGUCAUUUAUGGAAUUUGGGCAAUCGGACUGCUGUGGGCUGUUUUACCAAUUUUUGGAUAUAGCAAAUAUACACUUGAACCCCAUCAAACAUCCUGCUUACUUGAUUGGAAUAAUUUGAAUGAAAAUCAUAAUAGGACAUAUUUGUAUGCUUUAUGCAUAAUUGGUUAUGUACUUCCAGUGAGUAUGGCAAUCUGGUCUCAGUAUAUGAUGAUAACGCAACAAUCAAUGAGUAGUCCAAAGAAGACUGAGAAGAAUGUUGACAAAAUUAAAAUGCUCACAAAGCUGAAUAAUUCAAUCCUGUUGAUCACUAUACUUGCAUGGUUACCAUUUGGUGUACUGACGUUAAACGCCUUACUGUCCAAUCCAAUAGUAAUCAAUCCAUUUAUAUACUAUUUUCCACAAUUAUUGGCGAAAGUUGGUGAAGCUUUGAUGCCUAUAGCUUACAGUCAAACUUUGAAACGAUUGGAAAACUGUAAAAAGGCUGAAUGAAAUGGGCAAACGAUAUUUUAUCGAUUGUUGACAAUAUAUUUAAUCCAUGUUGAAUUCCUUUCAAAUUAUUUAGUGUUUAAAAAUGAUAAAUAUAAUGUUGACAUUUAG